AUGGAAGCUUCACUGCCUUAUCACGAACCCUCGAUAACGACCAUUGCCAUACUUUCAAGCUUUGUACUUCUUCUGAAUUUAAUUAAUCAUGGUCUUGAUAAAAUUGCCUACUGUGGCCUGAUUGGCCAGGUCGCGAUAGGGAUAGCUUGGGGUACGCCAGGAGCAAAAUGGCUAUCUCACGAUGUUGAAAGUGCUGUGGUGCAACUGGGAUACCUUGGUCUGAUUCUUCUAGUAUUUGAAGGAGGUCUUUCAACUUCUUUCAAAUCCCUAAAAGCCAACCUCGGCCUCUCAUCUGCCGUUGCCACGACUGGAAUUUUACUUCCUAUCGGCUUCUCCUUCGCAGUCAUGUCUAUGCUUAACGCAACUCCCCUUCAAGCCUUUGCAGCAGGCGCCGCGCUUUGCUCUACAAGUCUCGGCACAACAUUCACCAUCCUUGGCUCAAGCGGCCUUUCUUCGACACGUCUCGGCGUUGUCUUAACUAGUGCUGCUAUGAUGGAUGAUGUCGUUGGUCUUAUCAUGGUACAGGUUAUCUCUAACCUCGGUGGCGAUUCUUUCGACGCUGUUACUGUUGUUAGACCCAUUGCUGUCUCUCUGGCUUUUGCAAUUGUGAUUCCUAUCAUUUGCAGAUUUAUCGUUGUGCCAGUUACCCUCCGCCUCAACUCUUACCGUGUGGCAAACUCAUCUUCCGUGUCUUCGAAGCUUUUUGGUAUGAAACCAACUGCGUUUGUUAUUCAUACGGGCUAUCUUCUUGGUGUGGUAAUUGGAGCAACUUUCGCUGGUACUUCAAGUCUCUUGGCCGCUUACAUCGCUGGUGCGAGCAUUAGUUGGUGGGACUCUGAAGUACCUCACUUGAAGCUGGAUACCGAUAGUCCUACAGUCGCAGAACCUGAAGAGACUCUCACAACCGAUCAUCAGACUGGAGAAGGGCCUUCUUUUCAAACACCCUCACCCAAGAUUAUGGAAGGCGGCUCAGGUGCUGAGGUCUUUCGCCAUUAUUUUGAGCCUCCCCUACAACGACUUCUCAAGCCAUUUUUCUUUGCAUCCAUUGGCUUUUCCGUCCCCAUCACUGAACUGUUCACAGGGCCCACGGUCUGGCGAGGUGUCAUCUACACGAUUCUAAUGAUAAUUGCAAAACUCGCAUGCGGACUGUGGCUUAUUUCCUUCACCAGUCCUUUCCAGGCCCUCGUUCGACCUGUUCGAAAGAUUGUGCCUACGCUCAAAAAAUCUUCAAAGAUUCUGACAACUGGUGCUCAAUGCACAGAUAGCUCAGCACGAGAAGGGUCCAGUAGUUCUACGCAACAGAGUCAAGAGCGCGACAGUGUUCCUCUUCAGUCACUAGCAGACACUGAUACAUCCCAGGUCUCUCCUCAUACACGCAACUCAACACCGAAGCCUGAAAAGGCGCUUUCACUCUACCCAGCGUGUAUAGUCGGGAUUGGCAUGGUAGCUAGAGGAGAGAUCGGUUAUUUGAUUUCUGCACUGGCUGAGAGCAAGGGUAUCUUUGGGCGUUCAGAGAACGGUCAAUCAUCUGAAAUUUUUCUCAUCGUCACCUGGGCCAUCACACUUUGUACAUUGGCAGGUCCGAUUUGCGUGGGACUCAUUACGAAACGCGUUAGGAGACUAGAAUAUGGAAGCAAAAAGGCGAAAGGCGAAAGUAAGAGAAAUGUUCUAGGGGCUUGGGGAGUCAGUUAG